CUUUUAUUACAUGGGGUUGUUGACAUUCUAGUUUUAUAUUUGUCAUUUGUUUACUUGUCUAAUGCCGCACCUAAAAAUGUUAAAUAAUUCUAAAAUAGCACAAAAUUAGUUAAGUUUGUUGUUAAGAAAAAAUUGCUACAUUCUGGGCCAUGUUUGAAAAUAUUGAAUAAAUUAUUUUCUUUCAGUAAAAAUUGCAAGUAGAGUUCUUGAAAUGGCUGGAACUGAUCGAGUUUCGUUAAGUGAUGCGUUAUCCAAUGUUGAUGUACUAGAUGAGCUCCCAUUGCCUGAUGAACAACCAUGUAUUGAAGCCCAACCUUGUUCAGUUGUUUAUCAGGCGAAUUUUGAUACAAAUUUUGAAGAUCGGAAUGGAUUUGUGACAGGAAUUGCUAAAUAUAUCGAAGAGGCAACAGUACAUGCAAGUCUUAAUGAAUUAUUAGAAGAAGGGCAGGAACAUGCUGUUAUGCUUUAUACGUGGAGGUGCUGCUCUAGAGCCAUACCCCAACCCAAAUCUAACGAACAACCAAAUCGAGUUGAAAUUUAUGAGAAAACCGUUGAAGUACUUGCCCCUGAAGUUAACAAACUUUUGAAUUUUAUGUAUUUUCAAAAAAAAGCAAUCGAACGUUUUUUUGAAGAAGUAAAACGAUUAUGUCAUACAGAAAAGAGGAAGGAUUUUGUGUCAGAAGCGUAUCUUCUCACUUUAGGAAAGUUCAUAAACAUGUUUGCUGUCUUGGAUGAGUUAAAAAACAUGAAAUCAAGUGUAAAAAACGACUAUUCCACAUACAGAAGAGCAGCACAAUUUCUAAAAGUCAUGUCUGAUUCACAAACGCUUCAAGAAUCGCAAAACUUAUCAAUGUUCUUAGCUACACAAAAUAAAAUUAGAGAUGCUGUUAAAGAAAAUUUAGAAAGAAUCAGUGGCUAUGAAGAAUUACUUGCUGAUGUUGUCAACAUAUGUGUACACAUGUUUGAAACAAAAAUGUAUCUCACACCCAGUGAAAAACACAUGCUUGUCAAAGUUAUGGGGUUUGGACUUUUUUUGAUGGACAGCGAAUUGUGCAAUAUUAAUAAGCUAGACCAGAAGAAAAAACUAAGGCUGGAUCGCAUUGAUCGGAUCUUCAAAAACUUGGAGGUUGUUCCUUUAUUCGGAGACAUGCAAAUAGCUCCUUUCAACUACAUAAAGCGAAGCAAACAUUUCGAUCCAAGCAAAUGGCCUUUAUCAAGUAGCAAUACUCCUUCUCCCCAAGCCGAUUUAAUGGUACAUUUACCUCAAAUUCGUGACGAUCAUGUUAAAUACAUAAGCGAGUUGGCGCGAUACAGUAACGAAGUCACGACAACAUACAAAGAAAGCGGUACUGACGGUGAAAAUAAAGAAACAGCCGAACUUGCACUCCGAGGAUUACAAUUACUGUCUGAAUGGACAAGUGUUGUAACGGAAUUGUAUUCAUGGAAGCUUUUACAUCCAACUGACCAUCAUCAAAAUAAAGAAUGUCCACAAGAAGCCGAGGAAUACGAAAGGGCGACACGGUAUAAUUACAGUGAUGAAGAAAAAUUCGCUUUAAUUGAAGUCAUUGCGAUGAUUAAGGGAUUGCAAGUGUUGAUGGCUAGAAUGGAAACGGUGUUUACCGACGCGAUUAGGCGAAAUAUUUAUGCCGAAUUGCAAGAUUUCGUACAGAUUAUUUUGAGGGAACCGUUGAGAAAAGCAAUCAAAAAUAAAAAAGAUCUUAUCAGAAGUAUCAUUAUGUCGGUGCGUGAAACUUGUGCUGAUUGGCAAAGAGGUGUUGAACCGACACAAGAUCCGGCUUUAAGAGGCAAAAAAGAUGAUAACGGAUUUAAUGUUAAAGUUCCAAGGAGAAAUGUUGGUCCUUCUUCGACUCAACUUUACAUGGUUAGGACAAUGUUGGAGUCUCUAAUUGCCGAUAAGUCAGGCGGGAAAAGAACCUUGAGGAAGGACAUAGACGGUCAAUAUUUAAUGCAGAUUGAUCAGUUCCACAAAACUUCCUUCUACUGGAAUUAUCUUUUAAGUUUCAGUGAAUCGUUGCAACAAUGUUGUGACUUGUCACAAUUGUGGUACAGAGAGUUUUAUCUCGAAAUGACAAUGGGACGAAGAAUAAACAAAUGUACUGUACGUCAUAAUCAUAAUGAAGAAUGUAACGAUUUGAUCACAAUGGAAAAACGUAUACAAUUUCCAAUCGACAUGUCAAUGCCAUGGAUUUUGACUGAUCACAUUUUGAAAACAAAAGAACCGUCAAUGAUGGAAUACGUUUUGUACCCACUUGAUUUAUACAAUGACAGCGCUCUUUACGCAUUGACGAUAUUCCGAAAGCAAUUUUUAUACGAUGAGGUCGAAGCUGAAGUUAAUUUAUGUUUUGAUCAGUUUGUUUAUAAAUUAAGCGAGCAAAUUUUUGCUUAUUAUAAACAACUUGCGGCUAGUAUUUUUCUUGAUAAACGCUUCAGAGUGGAAUGUGCCGCGUUAGGGGCUUACCUACUUCCGUAUCCGCGAGCAAAUCGUUAUGAAACCUUACUAAAACAAAGACACGUUCAGUUGUUGGGCCGAUCUAUCGAUUUGAACAAGUUAAUCACUCAAAGGAUUAACACCGAUAUGCAAAAAAGUCUCGAUUUAGCCAUAAGUAAAUUUGAAGGAGGUGACAUAACCGGUGUUAUGGAAUUGGAAGGUUUGUUACAAGUGAAUCGAUUGUGUCAUAAAUUGCUGAGCAAAUGGCUUGCACUUGAUGAUUUCGAUUCAAUGUAUCGUGAAGCUAAUCAUAAUGUUUUGGCUCCAUAUGGCCGAAUUACUUUGCAUGUAUUUUGGGAGUUGAAUUAUGAUUUCUUGCCUAAUUAUGUCUACAAUGCGGCGACGAACAGAUUUACUAAAUAUAGAGGACAGAUCGCUUUUACGGGGGCUGUCCAUAGAGAUAAGCCGCCGCAAAUGUCGCAUCAUUACAUGUGGGGGAGCAAACAACUAAAUCUUGCCUACACGAUUCAAUAUGGUCAAUAUUCUGGUUUUGUUGGACCUCAACAUUUUCACACAAUGUGUAAACUUUUGGGUUAUCAAGGCAUUGCAGUUGUUAUGGAGGAACUUCUUAAAAUUGUCAAAAGUCUGAUUCAAGGAAACCUCCUCCAGUUCACAAAGACUCUAAUGGAAGUCAUGCCAAAGCAGUGUAAAUUGCCACGUUACGACUACGGUUCACCGGGAGUUUUGAGUUACUAUCAUGCCCAAUUAAACGAUAUUGUUCAAUACCCCGAUGCAAGAACUGAAUUGUUCCACAAUUUCCGAGAAUUUGGGAACAUUAUUUUAUUUUGUUUAUUGAUGGAACAAGCUUUAUCACAGGAGGAAGUGUGUGAUUUGUUGCAAGCGGCUCCAUUUCAGAAUAUCCUUCCACGGCCGUAUUGCAAAGAAGGAGAGAAGCCAGAAACGAAACAAAAAAGACUUGAAGCCAAAUAUGCCGCCUUGCAAAUUGUACCAAAUAUAGAAAAGUUAGGAACUGCAAAGCAAUCUUUGAUAUCAAAAGAAGGUGAUUUAUUAACACGAGAAAGGUUGUGCUGCGGUCUUUCGAUUUUUGAAGUUGUUCUAAAUCGAUUAAGGACUUUCUUGGAUGAUUCGGUUUGGGUUGGACCACCUCCUGCUAAUGGUGUCAUGAAUGUCGAUGAAUGUACUGAGUUCCAUCGCUUAUGGUCAGCUCUUCAAUUUGUUUAUUGUAUUCCAGUCAGCGAGAAUGAAUAUACUGUCGAAGAAAUGUUUGGUGAAGGUUUGCAUUGGGCAGGAUGUACAAUGAUUGUGCUUCUCGAUCAGCAAAGGCGAUUUGAAGCUCUCGAUUUUUGUUACCACAUUUUAAGAGUACAAAGAGUUGAUAUGAAGGAUGAAAUUGUCAAAGGCAUUAGUCUGAAAAGGAUGGUGGAUAGAAUUAGACGUUUUCAAGUGCUUAAUUCGCAAAUCUUUGCGAUUUUGAACAAGUUUUUGAAGUCGAGUGAAAACGAUGAAUUGUCAGUUGAACACGUACGUUGUUUUCCGCCACCGGUCUACCCUAUGAAUCCCCAACAGCAUUAUCAUGCACCUGAACAUCUACGCCAGUGUUAAAGCACGUUUUUUACUUUAUACAUUUGUUGAAAUGAAGCUUUUCAACGUUUUAUAAUCUUUUAUAUUUAUUAGUCUUACUACAUGUGUAAAUCUCCAUUACAAAUGUAUCGCCCACCUUCAUUUAUUAUCGGCCUUAUGGUAUUGCUUUAAUUUUUUCAUAAUAAAAUUUUCGAUGCCUG